AUUUCGUCAGUCUAUUGCUCUUUCGGUUUGAAUUCGAUUCGUGUUUGCUUGUUGAGCAAGAAAUUAAAAUAAUUUAACUAAUUUACCGAGAAGUAUAAAAUUUCAAGAUGAUAAGUUUUAAGGAUCUUUACAAGGAGGAUCUGCAGAAGGCAACCAAAAAGAUGAAACAACCCAAGGUGUCUACCAAGAAGCCCAAGAAGAUUGAGAAGCUGAUGGAGACUACCGAUGAGUUGCUAACCCCGUACUGGUUCUGGCCCCACUACAUCGAUAAUAAUUUAGUGCCCAAGUCCUUGGCAGAAUCUAUUAUAAAAGGAUCUGAUCCGGGCCUCUCGCCCUUAUCCCAUUCCUCGAAACUAUCUGUACUGGAUACCAGUUCGGGAUCAACUGUUAGUAUUUCGAAUAGAAAGGCCUUUAGUCCGUGUGCUGCUCCACCGAUCUUGGUGAACGAAAGUCCCGAUAAUACCUUCUACGAUAUAAUGGUGAUCACAAGACAGCGUCGUAGUCGUGUCUCAGAGAACGCUUUUAAUAUAGAUGAAUAUCUGGGCAGAAAGCCAAAGGACGAGUGUGAAUCUCCCCUGGAUAUGUUCAGGAGAUUUAAUCCCACAGUUCCCGAGAAUCAGGGUAACAGGAAGCAAAAAUCAGUGACAACAAAGCCAAAGACUGUGCCAUCCUCGCCAUUGGAUAUGAAUCCUUUUUUGGAAUCGAUGCUGAAUAUACAUGACUUUGAGAUGAUUUGGAAGAGAAAGGGCGACAAUUUGGAGAUAAGCAGGGCCGAGGGACUUAUGAAAUUGCUCGGAAGAGCACUUUCACCAGCAGAGAUACUUCUAGAGUCCGUGAAGAACUUGUGGCACGAUGACUUGGAGAUUCAAAUCGAAUCAAAAUUCUUUCACGUUGAUCGUUAUAUUUUCACUUAUUAUGCCACCAAUUUUCGCGAUAUGCGUGGCAGUUUUUUGCAAUUUCCAGUCUGUAAAAUCGGUAUGGAAUUGGUGAUGGAACUCUACGAUUGGAUGGUAACCGACAACAAGACCAUCGAUAUCAAUGGCAAACUAAUACCCUUCUGCAAAGCAGCCAAAUUUUUGGGAAUCAGCUCCUUGGAGGACCAAUAUUGGGCCACAUUUGCGUUGUCCGGUGAUGCUGGUAUUUGGGAACAGAAUGCCUUUCAUACUUAUUUGCUAGCCAGGGAUGAGAAGUGCGAGGAUCUAAUGUCCUUAAUGAUGGCCAGGAUUAGGAAGUGCUUUCUGCCGUUGGUCGCUUCUCGGGAGUUCUUGGAGUUUGAUGCCAAUGAGGUGGUGUUCCUUCUAAAUCAGGACACCCUUUGUGUGAACAGCGAGGACGAGGUGUUCUUUGCCGCUGUUUUUUGGUUGGACUUUGCCUGGAAACAGCGCAACAUAUACACAGAGUUUGUGAUGAGUAGUGUCCGGUUUGCCCAUCUCAGUCCUUGGCUGAGACUCUCCUUGUCGAAUCACCAGGAAAAUCAAAUUAUCGCCAAGAUUGCGGCCUAUCCGAAGGUCGUAUCAUAUCUGUGGGAGGCCAAUAACUUCUGUCAGGCCAGGAUGUAUGCCACUCAGCUACAGCAGUCCCCGACCCACAUCAGUGCCAUCCAGGCCCUCAUAAAUCAAUGUAAUAAAUAUAAUAUUACAGAGCGCUUCUGGGUCUACUGCCUAGGAGUUCCUCAUCACCACGACAACCGGUGCUGUCAUUAUCGGGAACUGACUUAUGAGACAUUCAAGCUAUUUCUGCAUCGUGUGCAAAGUCGGGCCCAGAGCUUCAUGGAUGAUUUGAAGUUUAUUCCGAAUCGAAUCACGGGUAAUUAUAUUUGUUGCUAUGAUAAAGUCAUGAAGCCGAUGGCCGAAAGGACAUGCCCCAGGCCCGAGUGGUAUACUAAGAAGCUGACUGCUGCUGAGCGCACUUAAAAAAAAAGGCCAUUUAAGCAAACAAUUCGUUUCAUUAAAUUAUUUUGUUUAAUAGUUAAUAGA